AUGGCCGACAGCUUGAAGAUCCAAAACUUGUCCCUCAACGAGUCCCAGCACGCUCCGUCUGGACCCCCUGCGGCAAAUGGACGCUCUGCCUACAUUCCGCCACAUCUUCGCCAGCGCAACACGAAUGCUGGCCCUAGUCCUAUGGAUGGUGCAGGCCCCGCCGGCCCUGCCCCUGCUGGCGCUUGGGGAAAUGCACCUAGAGGCGGUGCUCCCCCACGUGGCGGUAACUACAAUUAUCGUGAGAACAAUGCAAAUGGUAAAUCAGACUGGACCCAGGAUGUUCAACGCCCGGAAUUCAACCCUAAUGCUUACGGAAACCCAGGUCAUGGACCUUCAGGAAGUUACAGCGGCGGCGGCGGUCACGCCCGUGGUUCAGGCGAUGGACAAUGGCGCGAUGGCAAACACGUCCCUGGCCCUGCCAAUGCCCGUGUCGAACGUGAACUGUUCGGUGUUCCCAACGAUCCCUCAAAGCAGCAAACUGGAAUCAACUUCGCCAAUUACGAUGACAUUCCUGUCGAGGCCUCUGGCCACAAUGUGCCCGAACCUGUCAACGCUUUCACCAACCCGCCGUUGGACGAUCACCUCAUUUCAAACAUUGCAUUGGCUCGCUACACGACACCGACCCCCGUCCAGAAAUACUCGAUUCCUAUUGUCAUGAAUGGCCGUGAUCUGAUGGCUUGUGCGCAGACAGGUUCUGGAAAAACUGGUGGUUUCCUCUUCCCCAUCCUUUCUCAAGCUUUCCAGACUGGGCCUUCCGCUGCCCCUGCCCCAGCAGCUGGUGGUAACUUCUAUGGUCGCCAGCGCAAGGCUUACCCAACCUCUUUGAUCUUGGCUCCCACUCGUGAGCUGGUUUCGCAAAUCUACGACGAGGCCCGCAAAUUUGCCUAUCGCUCCUGGGUUCGCCCUUGUGUGGUCUACGGUGGUGCUGACAUUGGCUCUCAACUUCGUCAAAUUGAACGUGGCUGUGACUUGCUAGUUGCAACCCCUGGUCGUCUCGUAGACUUGAUCGAGCGUGGCCGUAUUUCCCUUGUCAAUAUCAAGUACUUGGUCCUUGAUGAAGCCGAUCGCAUGUUGGACAUGGGUUUCGAGCCUCAGAUUCGUCGUAUUGUGGAAGGAGAAGACAUGCCAGCAGUCCAAAACCGCCAAACUCUUAUGUUCUCCGCUACUUUCCCUCGUGAUAUUCAGAUGCUUGCUCGUGACUUCCUCAAAGACUACGUUUUCCUUUCGGUUGGUCGUGUCGGUUCCACCUCCGAAAAUAUCACUCAACGUAUUGAGUACGUCGAGGACCACGACAAGCGUUCUGUGCUCUUGGACAUUCUCCACACCCAUGGCACCACCGGUCUGACCCUUAUUUUCGUCGAGACCAAACGCAUGGCUGAUUCUCUCUGCGACUUCCUAAUCAAUCAAAGUUUCCCCGCAACUGCCAUUCAUGGAGAUCGUACCCAGCGUGAGCGUGAGCGGGCUCUAGAGUUCUUCCGCAAUGGAAGGUGCCCCAUCUUGGUUGCUACUGCUGUCGCAGCUCGUGGUCUUGAUAUUCCUAAUGUUACCCACGUUGUCAAUUACGAUUUGCCUACUGACAUUGACGACUAUGUUCACCGUAUCGGUCGUACCGGUCGUGCUGGUAACACCGGUAUUGCCACUGCAUUCUUCAACCGUGGUAACCGUGGUGUUGUUCGCGACCUCAUCGAUCUCUUGAAGGAGGCUCACCAGGAUGUGCCUUCUUUCCUUGAAAACAUUGCUCGCGAAGGUAGCGGAUAUGGUGGUCGUGGCGGUCGUGGCGGCCGUGGUCGUGGUUCCAAUGCCACUCGUGAUGUUCGUCGCAUGGGUGGUGGCAUGGGUGGUCCUCCAUCUUAUGGCGGCAGUGGUGGUUUUGGCGGCAGCACCGGCUACUCUGGCGGCGGAGGUGCUGCCAACUGGGGUGGAAGCGGUGGUGGUAACUACGGCGGUGCAGCUUACGGCGGCGGCGGUGGUGGUUACAGUGGUGGUAGCUAUGGCAACCCAUCCGGCCCAACCGGCCCAUCUUCCUGGUGGUAA